CGGCUACCAUAACGAUUGGUGAGCAAAGCCUUCUAGCUGUUGAAAUAUUAAAUCUCUACAUUACAAAUUCGCCCUGUAGGUGUUAUUCGCAUGUUGGUAUGGUGGGUGGUGCUCAACCUGUUUCUCUCUCCAUUCCUGGGUGUAUCUUCAAAGGGACAAUUGUUCAUGAGUUGGGACAUGCUCUGGGAUUCUACCAUGAACAGAAUAGAUCGGACAGAGAUGACUAUCUUAUCAUUUACUGGGACAACAUCAAAACAGGAUUGGAAGAUCAAUUUACGAAACUGAAGUUUACCCAGAAUACACUUUAUGAUACUUUUGACUACAAUUCCGUGAUGUUGUACGGGAAUACGGCCUUCUCCAAGGACAACAAGUCGAAUACAAUGGUGGCCAAGACUGGUGUGAGACUGUACGAAACUUACGACAAGCCAGGACUAAGUGCAAGUGACGUCAAACGAAUCAACAAAAUGUACUGGUGUGACGAACCAUGGCAAAGACACAAAAAACCAAAAUAAAUGUUCUUUUUUUCGAAA